AUGGCGAUGAUGGACGUCGACGACGCGCGCGCGCACCCGGCGGCGCGAUUGGUGUUUGACGACGACGAGAGCGUGGAAGUUCGAACGAGCGACGUUUUGAGCGAGGAUGCGAACGCGCGCGUGCGCGUGCUCACGGCGGACGUGGAGGAUGCGAUGGAUGUGAAGAUGAGCGCGGCGAACGCGGGGAAGACGAAAAUGGGCGCGGCGACGAUGUUUGCGCGAUUGUUCGGGACGGAUGGCGAGCGAGGGAGCAAGCGGGACCGAGCGGCGUCGCCGGCGGUGAAAAUGAACAGACGGAAAGCCGCCGAUGGGACGCGCACGCAAGAUUUAGGGCGUUUGGCGCGAGAGUUGGCGCAACAAUUGGAUGAGCCGAAGGUGCGCUUGCUCGCGCGAGCGAUAAACGAGCUCGGCGAGGCGCAAGUCAGAGCGUACGUGCUCGAGGCGGCGACGCAACAGCGCCACGGCGGUGAGAUGACCGCGUUGGGAGACCGUCGAAGAACGACGGGAGGGAUCUUUUGGGCCAUCGUUCGCGCGAGAACGAAACCGGAGGUGUACGACAUCAUUUACGCCGAAGAACGAGAACGACAAAAGGAACGAAGCAAGGCGCGCGCUCGUGCGCGCCGCGCCGCCGCAGACGGCAAGGAAAACAUUCCUCCUGUCGGUCAUGCCAAGCCUACGAUGGCGCAAAUCUUGUUUGGAAGCAUCAGAGAUGAGCACUUCCCCGAAAACCGCGCGCCCUUGGCCCCGAUUGUCGUUCCCAUCGACGCCGUCACGCCGAAGCCGACGCUGAAAACCGUUGGAUGGGCGGACGACGACGACGACUUUGACUUCUCCGCUGGAUCCGAGCUCGCGGCGCCGAUGAAGACACAAAAGCCCGAUUUUACGUUCGCACAAAUCGCCAAGAUGCGUUAG